UCGACCAGGCUAUGUUUGGGCCUGACGAUCCCGAAGUUGCCUACAUCCUGCACCACAUGGGCGUGUGCGUGCGGCAGGCUCGACGGCCGAAGGAGGCGGAAGCACUGUUUCACCGAGCGAUGGAGAUCUUGGAAACCCCGUGACACUGCAUGAGCUGGGUGGUGUAUGCGGGAGGCGAGGCGACCGGGGGAGGCGGACGCAAUGUUUAGGUGAGAACUGGAGAUCCGGGAGGCCAGGUUGGAAGUCGACGAUCCAUAAGGCACCCUGACGCUGUACAGGCUGGGUUUAUGUGUUCCGGAGGCGGGGCGGCCGGGGGAGGCGGAAGCGUUGUUUCGGCGAGCGUGAUACUGAACACUGGGUCUGUAUGUGCGGGGCGCGGGUCGCCAGGGGAGGCGGAAGCGCUGUAUUUGCGAGCGCUGGAGAAAGUGGAGGUCAAGCUGAAGGCCGACCAUGUGGAUGUUGCCGCGUCGCUGCACGAGCUGGUUCGGAGUGUGCACGAGGCGGGAAGGCCGGGGGAUGCAGUGCCAUUGUUUGCGCGAGCGCUUGAGAUCGAGGAGGCCAAGCUGGGGUCCGACGACGUCCAAGUUGCCAGUACGCUACACUGGUUGACUCUGAGCGUGCCGAAGGCGGGGAGGCCGGGGGAUGCAGUACUGUUGCUUGAACGAGCGCUUGAGAUCAAGGAGGCCAAGCUGGGCCCCGAUGAUGUGGGGGUUGCCGUGACGUUGCACAAAUUGGUUCGUAGUGUGAUGGAGGCGGGGAAGCCGGGGGAUGCAGUACCAUUGCUUGAGCGAGCGCUUGGAAUCAGGGAGGCCAAGCUGGGGCCCGACGAUCUGGGGGUUGCCAGUACGCUACGCCGGUUGGCUCUGAGCGUGCUGAAGGCGGGGAGGCCGGUGGAUGCAGUACCAUUGUUUCAGCGAGCGCUUGAGAUCAAGGAGGCCAGGUUGGGGCCGGAUGAUGUGAGUGUUGGCUGCACGCUACACAAGCUGGCUGUGAGUGUGCGGGAGGCGGGGAGGCCGGGGGGGUGCAGUACCGUUGUUUGA